AUGGAAAGAAAUAAUGAGAGCUCUGGAAACUUCAUUCUGCUUGGGUUCUCUGACCAGCCAAAGCUGGGGAUGGUCUUGUUUUUCACUAACAUGGUGUUUUACUUUCUGGCUAUCACGGGCAACUCGUCCAUCAUCUUCCUGUCCCUGGUGGACCCUCGACUGCACACACCUAUGUACUUCUUCCUCUGCAACCUGUCCCUCCUGGAUCUCUGUUACACCUCUAGCAGCAUUCCUCAGAUGCUGGUCAACCUCUGGGGCCCACAAAAGGCCAUCAUUUGUAUUGGUUGUGUCAUACAACUCUUUGUGUUCCUGUCUGUGGGUGGCAUUGAAUGCAUUCUUCUUUCUGUCAUGGCCUAUGACUGCUUUCCUGGGAAUGGGGCAAGCCAGGACCAGGGCAAGUUCCUAACCCUCUUCUACUGUCUGGUGACCCCCACUCUGAAUCCUUUCGUCUACACACUGAGAAACAAAGAUGUGAAGGGAGCCAUGUGGAAGGUUCUUGGGAAAGACCACAGCCUGUCGGAUGCAAGAGGGCACUGA